AUGGAGCAGCACAUUGACGUCCACAUGCUUCAAUUCCGCAAAAACCUCGACGAGUACUCCCAAACAGGCGAAAUUUUCGAUCUCAAGGAACUGAUAGCCUUCUUUGUUCUCGAUGUUUUAGGGGACCUCGCCUUCCGCUGUCAAUUUGACUCACAGAUCGAAAAGGACAUUUCGAAGUUACCUCCCAUCAAUGAUCACAUCUUUCUUGCUUGCCUGAUGGGCAUGAUCCCUGAUUUUAUGCCGUUCAUUAAAUCUGUCUCUCCCUGGAUUCCGAUUUUAUGGCUGCAAAGACUUCUCGCGGCUCGACAAAGUCUCAAGAACCUGACCGCGCAGUGUGUCAAGAGUCGAAUAGCCGACACCGGUGCUGCUCGGAAAGAUCUAAUCACUAGUCUGAUCAACUCCGUAGACCCGGAUACGGGUUCUAAGCUCACAGAGCUAGACAUACAAACAGAGGCAUUUGCAUUCAUUGUUGCUGGCUCUCAUACCACAUCUGGAACCCUCACUCUUCUCUUUUCUCACAUUCUACAAAAUCCGGCCGUGCAUUCCAAAACGGUAGAGGAGGUCGACACAGCUGUUGAUGAUGUUGGCUCGGCCAUCGUACCUAUCAAGGACCUUGAAACAAAGCUUCCCUAUGUCAUGGCAUGUCUAGAUGAAAACUUCCGGAUGAACUCUGUUUUCACUAUGCCCUUGGAGCGAGAGGUGACUGCCAAGGAAGGCUUCGAAAUCGAGGGCCAAGUAAUUCCCAAGGGCAUUUUAUGA